CAGUAAGCUGUGGCCACGCAAAAUGUUUAGUCGUUCGGACGGACGCACGCGAGGAUUUCCUAUAGAAGACUACCAUGUUCGAUUUCUUGAUCCCGUUUAUGUGCCAGCAUGUGAUCAUGAGGACUGUGUUCGACUUGAAAUGUAACAUGGAGCAGCUGAAGAGCAUAGAUCCGAACUACGGAGUGACGUGGAUGUUCCUGCCGGAUGAUCAGGGUGUACCGCACGUGGUGGAUUUGACGACACCGAACGAUACCUCUACGGAUGGGAAGAAUUUUUGGAACAAUUGCAAUGACGAUGUCACGUUCUACUUCCACCGGCAAAACACCAGAGAUAGUCCAACGGCAUUCAAGUUUACCAACGAUCCGUCAGUUCCGAUGAAGUUUGUUCAGACGUACAAUCCAAAUCUCCCAACGAAGUUCGUUAUCCACGGAUGGCAAAACUCGAUCAGCAGCCCUGUGUGCCAGCAGGUCAAAGAUGCCUAUUUGAAACGAGAGGAUAUGAACGUGUUCGUGGUCGACUGGAGCCCAUUAGCGCACGAUACCCUCUACUUUAGAUCGGCAUAUGCAACUCGAGAUGUCGGACGCCACGUGGGAUCACUGAUCGAUCGAAUGGUAACAGAACGAGGAACGAAUUUGGACUCGGUUCACAUCAUAGGUCACAGCUUGGGAGCCCACACUUCGGGAUUUGCUGGCAGUUCCAUAAAUUCGGGAAAGGCUUCCCGGGUUACGGGUCUCGAUCCGGCACUUCCCGGAUUCAUUGAUUCGGAACCUGAUAAACGUCUUGACCCCAGUGAUGCACGGUUUGUGGAUGUGAUUCACACUUGCGCAGGGAUGUUAGGACAUAACAAGAAUCUGGGUCACGUGGAUUUUUAUCCCAAUGGAGGCGGACCCAAUCAGCCGGGAUGCAAUGGGAUGGAGGAUUUCAUCGGAGCCUGCAGCCAUGGACGAUCUUAUGUGUACUACGCAGAGUCCGUCAAUAGACGCGAUGGCUUCAUUGCGUUUCAAUGUGGCAAUAUGAACGAAUUCAAUAACAAACAAUGUCAAACCGGUCCUGUCGCAAUGGGCGACGCAGUUCCGAUCGAAACACGAGGUACCUAUUACUUGGACACCAACGCAGAACCCGUCUUUGGAAGAGGUUUAAGAAGGUGAUAUCAUAGAAUGUAGAAAUAGCUUGUUUCAUGCUACGAUAAAUAGUUUAUUUAAAAGUGGAUAAAAAUUGCAUAAAUUAAUAAGUAGAUUUAGGUUUAUAAAUA